UGCUCUUUACCCCUGCCACAGUCAAAUCAGGCACAUAUCGUUCCGGUCCUAUGCAUAACUUAGGAUUUAGACUCGAUUUAAAGUUGGGCCUGGCAUUCCAUCAAUAAUUCAUUCGGUUUUGAAUGAUUGACCCAGUCGGACCGGAGGACGCCGUCUUGCCCUAUUGUAUAUCUUGAAUACAUAAUUCGCAAAUCUGCAACGAUUAUUAUGUUAUAUAAGCUUACCUUUUCUCCAGCAGGCAGCCCCAAAGACCCAGACCCUCGGUCAAUACAAUAAGCUGGGGAGCCAAUCUCCCUGAGCCCCCCCGUCCGUUCGUUUCGCCCUUUCUGCUCAGACAAUGCCACACAAACCGAAGACGGGCCGAACUAUUGAACAUUUGAAUGCGUCCAAGAAGGACGUAACCCACGAGGGUUUGAUGGAAGGAUAGAUAUUCGUACUAAUACUCAUAUUUGUAUUUGUAUUUGUAUUUGUAUUGAUUUGUUGCCCCGGCUUGUCUGCAGAUUUUCGCAUAACCAAAAACUGUUUUGCCGGAGUGGAAAUGGAACUGAAAGAGGGAAAGGGAGAGGAACUUAGAUAAAGGCAAAGGUAAGCUCUGGCUCUGUCCACUAUCCAGUGGCCAACGGCCGUCCGUCCGUUCGAUUGGUUGCGGUGGCAACAGGCCAUCGCGUUACGAGAAAAUGCAAAAAAAAACAAGAAAAUUCAAAUAAAAACAGAACGAAAGAAAAUGUAGCAGCAGAAACAACAAGUAGGAAAACACUUGAAUCGAUGGCAGCUCGACUAAUUGAUGCCUUGUAGAAUACGAGUGGAAUGCGCUUUUUGAUGCAGCACUCUGUUUGGGUAGAAAAUUCUAGAAAAAAGCCCCAGCAGAGGAGAACUUUGUUAGGAAAACUGACAUAUAUAUGGGAACCUAAUGAUCGAGGUACUUUAGUACGGUAAGCAUAAUUCCUUUCAUCGUCGCCUCCCUGGGGAAUGAUAAUGAAAGUACGACACCGAAUACGAGGUAAUCCUUGCUGCAGUUACACAUUUAUUUGCUCAACGGUAUGGACACGUACUCACGCACAUGUGCGCGACAUGUGAGUGUCUGUGUGUGUGUGUGUGUGGGUGUGUGUGUGUGGGUGCUAUUUGUACAUCCGAUAGAUAGAUAGAUAGAUAAUAAUGGCCCGCAGGUCGGACGUGGGCACCGUGAACACCGUGAAUACCGAGAACCGACAACCGCCCGACAAACAGUUGAGAGUCACAUUUCGAGCUAAGCGGCUAUCGAGGCAGCACACGUGUCCUGUCCUCCCCCACCCCAGGAGAAGAAAGCGGGAGAAGCUGAGGCCCCACUGCAAUGGGAUACACGAAGUGCUCAUGUACGCGACCACUAAAAAUGGCACAGCAGCAACGCAGCUGGGAUGAGGGAGCCAGCGGAGGUGGGGGCUAUAGGCAGCAGGCCUCCGGCCAGCACAAAUCCACCGCUAGGACGGCCAGCAAUCCAUUGCCGAGCAGAGGAGCCACUCCCAAGGCGCCCAGGCCCUACCAUCCCGCACCGCCGUCGGUAUAUGCAACUCCCUUGAUGACUGGGACGGGGACGGGGACGGGUCCGCGCAGUCCAAGCUAUGGCUACGGCGGGGGAUACGAGGCGCCCAGGAGUCCCAAGAUCACAACGUCCUUCGCCAACGACAGCUGCGACGAUGGGAGCAGCUCCACGCCGAGCUCCUACUACCAGACUCCGCCCUCGGGCUCCAUAGAUGACUCCUACUCGCUGUUCAGCGGUCGCACAUCUGCCCGCAGUCCCAAUGCUCCGUGCAAGUUCGUCUUCGAUGCCGUGAGCCCCAAUUCCGGAGCAGACCACUCCGCGUUUUCCAAGAAGUUUGAGUACUACGAGCCCUUCUCGCCGGAUGGGGAUGGCGGGCCCGAGUACUAUGAGCCUCCCAGCUCGCCGCGUCGCCAGGGCUCCAAGAAGCUGAUGAGGAGCAAGCUGCCGCUUGAGCCACUGCCUCUGGUGACCACAACGGGCGUAGACGAUGGCAGCAAGCGACGGCACGACGAGUGGGAGCUGCCGGUGAUCAGCAAGAUCGACGUGGCCCGGAACCUGAGCUCGGGAGCAGGAGCGGGAGCAAGAAGAGGGGGCUACUACGGGUUGAAGCGCGAUUCCUGCGUGACCGACUGCACCCAGCUGUCCAUGGAGUCGGGCGAGACGGGAACCCAGCACACAAACAGCACCCUGGUGACCCACACCACGACUAGCUUCAGUUUUACGGACCCAGAGCAGCAGCAGCAGCAGCAGCAGCAGAAUCUGCAGCGGCAGCGCCGCCAUGCCAUCAACAUCACCUCGAAUCCCGGCUACCAGGUGCUCCACAGCUCGCACUCCACCUUGGACCGCACAUGUUCCGACAGCGUGGUCUCCCUCCGCUAUCGAAAGUCCACCAGCGACCUAACCCAGGAUCCGGACCACGAGCUGAGCGGCUGCAAGCCAUCCAAACCGGUCAAGGCAAAGCGCGAGGUCGUCGAGCACAAGCCCCGCCGCAGGGGCAGCUCCAAAGGAGGCCUGGCCCUCCUGGCCAGUCGCCGCAACUCGCGCGAGUCCAUGAAGAGCGCCUGCUCCAAUGCCUCCAUAGUGUCCAACGAUGAUGUUGGCCCACUGGCCUUCCAAAGCUCCAAUCGGGGUCGUCAGCGGAGAACGUCGAACUUUCUCGAGCUGCCAGUUCCCGACCACAUUCGGCCGCGAGUCUGUUCUCUACCGGAGCGCCCGUACAAUCCCAGGGCCAGCGACGAUCUCUACCGGCUCCGUCACUUCUCCAUCAGCAAGGGCAACGUGGUCAACUGCGGGGAUUCCAUAAUCUCGCGCCGUUCCCGGAGCAACACGAGCGUGAACUCGACAAACAGCCGGGCCAGCGAAAGGUCCCCAUUCGAGGGCAGCUGCUGUGGUGGCGGGUAUGCCAACGUGGACUCUCUGCCGGUCUCCUCGGACGAGUCGGACAACCUGGAGCCGCCGCCCGCGGCCCGCUACCGAGUGGUGAUGCUGGGCGAUGCGGGAGUGGGAAAGACGGCGCUUGUCAACCAGUUCAUGACCUCGGAAUACAUGCACACCUACGAUGCAAGCCUAGUUUUAGACGAUGAGUUCGGCGAGAAGACGGUCAGUGUCCUGCUGGAUGACGAGGAGUCGGACAUGGUCUUCAUCGACCACCCGAGCGUCGAGAUGAGCGUGGAGAACUCGCUCUCCACCUACGAGCCGCACGGCUGUGUCGUUGUCUUCUCGGUGGUCGACCGGGGCACGUUCCGUGUGGCCGAGGAAAUCAUCAAUUAUCUGUGGCAGGAGAAGUACACCAAGGACAAGGCAGUCAUACUCGUAGGCAACAAGGCGGAUCUGGCCCGUGCCCGGCUUAUCACAUCACAAGAGGGAAAAGCCCUGGCCGCCUCACGCGAUGCCAAAUUUAUCGAAACGUCAAGCGGCAUACAGCACAAUGUCGAUGAGCUGCUCGUUGGCAUAUUGAAGCAGAUGCGCCUGAAGGAGGUCCGCGAGAAGAAGGCUACCCAGUCGAAGAUGAAGCACUCUCGCACCCACAUAUCGCUGCAUCUGGCCAAGGAGAUUCUGCAGAAAAUCUGCCUCUCCGACAUCUCCAAGUCGAAGAGCUGUGAGAACCUCCAUGUGCUCUAAGAAGAAGGAGGAUUCCCCAACAAAUACGAGUACCAGCCACAUGUGCAGAGCCAUGGCUCCCAAACAGAAUGAGAAUGAGGAGGAAGAGGAAGAGAAGGGGCCGAGUCCAUUGUCGAUGUCUUCUUUUGGCACAUUCUUGUGUAAAAGCCAAAUUAUGCCACAGAGCACUGUGCAAAGGAGAAUUUUAUCAAAAGCGGCAGGCGGAAUAUUUUGAAUGCCAUUCAGAUUAGCCGAAGGGAGGCCCACGCUUUUGUUAUGUUUUUUGCUACGUCGCCGUCGCCGUUGACGGCCCCAAAAAAUAUUGAAAGUUUAAUGUUAGGUCGCCGCUCCUCAGGCCCAUCUCCAUCCCCUUUCCCUUUCCCGUCACCAUUCCGGCAAGUCAUUGGCCGUGGUCAGGCCUCCGCGAGCAGCGAUAAUUCGUUUGUUUAUGGCGGACGUUUCGAUUAGCUUAUCGGGCCCAGACGCACCUACUUUCGGGUUCUGACCAAGGCCUUGCCUUGCUGAUAAGCGGCGACCCAGCGACGCGUGUGCAGCCUCCACCCAGAGGCUGGGUAUAAGUACGAGUAGUCCCUAAGAAUAUGUGUAUAUUAUAUGUGUGUGUACUUAUAUGUGUUCCAAUGGAGAAUAAUUUCAAAUCCAAUAAUUGUGCUGUCAAUUUAACUAGGCGAUGCUGAUGCUGAUGCUGAAGCUGAAGGAGCAGGCAUAGGCCCAUGCAGAAGAGCGAACUUUAUAGAUGUUGAUAUACUUAUACAAGCAUAUAGAUAUACAGAUACAGAUGCAGAUAAAGUUACUAUAUAUAUAUAUAUAUAUAUCCUAUCCGAUAAGUGUGCGCUAUCCCUAGGUAUAUUUAUCGAGUAGACUAAGGGAUGUUUACUCCUCGAUCUGCUCUGCAAGAACUCUUCCAACUGACGAAAAUCUCAUAUCGGAUUGACUGUUGAAUGUUGACUGUUGUUACUAGUACUAAAGUACGUACUAAAUAAGCCUAAGCCCUAAUCAAAGCAUAAUCUAGCUCGUAUGUGCGUAUAUUCUAUAUGUACGUGCAUGUGAACAUAUGUAUGUAUGUGUACUCGUAUGUAUUGUGUAUUUGUGCAUGUAAGUGGAGAACAUUUCUAACUUUGAUCUCUGAACUCUGAACUUAUACGCUUAUAUUUGAAAAAUACCUUUACAAAAUGCGAAAAACAAGCAAAAAUCAAACUAAAACCUAACUAAACUCUAACUAUUUUCAUAUGUAAACUUACACAUUAGAAGGGAAAAUUACUAGAGAAACCAGGUCAGGCCAGAACAGGCCGGGAGAGCACUAGACACUCGACAGCUAACCACUUAUAUUUUUCCAUUUUCCCCACCGAACACCACACCACACCACACCACACCACACCACACCAUCCUUCAUCCUCCAUCCUUCUCUGUCGAGUGCACUUUAUCAUUUUUAACAUUUACAUUUACCGAAACCCAAAAAAACAAACAAACUAAAAAACUUGCCUCGUAAAAGUUGAAAUCUGCACAGAGAACUCUCCAUCCUAUUCCAUCCCCUCUUUGGGGGCAAUCUGUAUCGCGCAUACGCCGCGAGUGCCAAGGUCCCGGCUUUAAUUUGAUUUGUUAAUCCAAUGUGGGGGGAAAGUAUUCGAAUCAAAGCUAGCUAAAUGCCCACCGAAUUUAUUGUGUAAAACUAAUUGAAAAGCAACAAAAAAACGCAAAAAAAGAUAAAAGAUAAAUUAUUUCUAAAUGGAAUUUUACUGCAGAUUUAUGUAACUGUGCUACACCUGCAAAUUGGCUUAAAGCAUAUUUGUACAAAUAACCAAAGUAGAGAAAUGGUAGAUCGAUGUAUAUUUAUAUUUUUCCAAAGCUAACGAGUACCUAUACGAGAGUCUAUACGAGAUGAUGAUGAUGGAGAGCCCCUCCCCCUCCCCACAGAGUGUGUUGCAGCACACUGUAAUCCACAGUCGUCGACGUUGUGGUGUGCACAUUGAGUGUUGCAAGAGUAGGAAGGAAGGAAGCCUUUGUGCAUGUCACAGAAAUGAGGCGGCAGAAAAACCAAAUUAAUUAGAGUACAAGCGGAUAAAAUCAGAUUUCUUCUGUUUGGUGUGUUUAACUCCCUCUAUACCCCUAAAUCUCCCAUCCCGAUAAAGAUAAAUAAAGGACAACUAUGCUCUGUAACU